GGGGCGGGGGGUCGUCGGCAUGGCAGCUGGCGUCCUGGGAGAGAGUGACAAGGAGGAAGAAGAAAGGGGAGGGGAGCCCACAUGAAAGCAACAGAACGAGGAAACGACCGCGGCGCAGCCUUUAUUUGAUGCGUUCCGAUAACAACGGAGGGCAGGCACAACUGCGAGCGGGGAGCGGGAGCGGGAGACAACGCCUCCGUCCGGACUGCAAGCGCGAGCGGCCUGGAGCGACUCGUUCCCGGCGCCCUCGGAGCCAUCAUGGAGGUGCCCGGCUCACCCCAGUUGGCGGAGGACGGCGGCGGCGGCGGCGAGGAGGACGAGGAGGAGCCGAGCGGCGGCGAGGAGGCCGACCUGCGCUCCGGCUCGGGCCGAGGCUCGCUGCUCACGCGACGAGGCAUCACGCUGCGGGUGCUCCUCAAGGACGGCCUGGUGGAGCCCGGCGACGGCGUGCUGGCCAUCCACUACCUGGGUAAGAACUUCAUCGGGGACCUGCUGAACGACGGCAAAAUCCGCUGGGUGGAGACGGGUCAGACCUUCAACUCGCCGAGCGCCUGGGCCACCCACUGCAAGCGGCUGGUCAACCCGGCCAAGAAGUCCGGCUGCGGCUGGGCGUCGGUGCGCUACCGCGGCCAGAAGCUGGCCCAGUACAAGACCACCUGGCUGCACAAGUACCAGCCCAGCGCAGACAUGAGUCUGGCGAGCGAGGAGGAUGACGACGAGGACGAGGAGGAAGGGAAAUCAGCCAUGCAAGCCGAAGAAAAGAACAGAAACAACAAACCUGGAGGAUUACACGUGGCAGGCACUAUCUUCUUGUCCGUUUCAGACGCUCUGGCUCCGAGGCGAACGGACCGAGAGAGAAUCCCCGUCAGAUACUGCGCUCUGGGCACCAGAGACGCUUCCAGAGACCCUCACACGCUGGUGGAGCUGUCGGCCUUCUCGGCCAUCAACAGGUUCCAGCCUUUCAACGUGGCCGUGUCCAGCAACGUGCUGCUGCUCAUGGACUUCCACUGUCACCUGACCACCAGCGAGGUGGUGGGAUACCUGGGAGGACGCUGGGAUACGAACACACAACUUUGUUGUUCUUUCUUUGGGCUUCUUUCAGUGCUGACCGUCUUACGGGCCUUCCCUUGUCGAACGAGGCUGGCGGACAGAGACACCGCCUCCGCUGUCGAGGAGGAGAUCUGCCAGAACUUGUUCAUGCGCGGCUUGUCGUUGGUGGGCUGGUACCACAGUCACCCUCGAGGUCCGGCCCUGCCGUCGCUGCAGGACAUCGAUUCGCAGAUGGACCACCAGCUGCGGCUGCAAGGCUCCAACAACGGCUUCCAGCCGUGCCUGGGCGUCAUCUGCGGACCGUACUAUCACGGCAACCAAGGCGUGGCCUCCACUAUAACGCCGUUCUGGGUCGUACCUCCGCCAGAGCAAAGGCCCAACGACUACGGCAUCCCGGUGGCUGUGGAGGUUACGUACGUUCAGGAUAACUUCCUCACCAGCGACGUCCUCAACGAGAUGGUGCUGCUGGUGGACUUCUACAAGGCCGCCCCCGACCUCGUCCACUUCAACCAGUACUGGUGCCCCGACACCACCAUGUUGGAUAAGAUCAAGGGCUCGCUGAGCUGCCACGCCCCCAAGGACCAAGCCUACUCGCAGAUCCUGGAGCACGUCUACAGCCAGCUGAGUGGCGUGCAGUGAGACGUGCCACAUUUCAUUUGCCUUCUUCAUCAAUACGAUGAGGCACAAAGUUUGAUGGUAAUGUUAGUUUUGUUCUUUUAUUUUGGAGUGAAUGUUCAAGUUUCGAGGUUACACGGAGGUGAUUUCUUUGCAUCUAUUACUAGGGUUCUCAAACUUUUUGGGUCCAGGGGGAGAAAUUAUGAGGACUCCCUCCAUGCAACCAUUUCGAACUGAGAGGAACAGCUUCAUUUAGGCAGGCCAUAGCCUUGUCUAAUAGAGAAAAGUGCUUUGCUGCCAUCUUGUGGCAUCUGUAGCCAAUUAUGAAACUUUUUUUUGGCAGGUGUCAUUUCAUUGUGGAUUUUUGCUAUUCGUGGCAGGGCUUGGUCCCUCUAUCCCAAUAUCAUAAGAAAGGGAAAAAAAAUAAUUGAUAUUUUUAAGAAAAGGAAAAAAAAAUAAUAAUAAUUCAAUAACAAAAAUACGUUUAGUUUUAGGAAAAAAAGUAUCAGGAUAGUCAUUUAUUUUGUAGAAAUAAAGGUAUCUUACCACAACAAAGACAUUACUUUCACAAGGUGAAGUCAUACUACGUCCAAGUUUAACAAGGGAAGAAAGUCAUAUUACAAGGAGCCCCUCUUCAUCCCAACACCAACUAAACAUUACCACACUUAACCCUUAAUGCCAUAGGAAUUCUAAAGAUGAAAAAUUAAUUGUAACGUGAUGAUAAAGGCAGAUUGUUUGAGAACAAAAGUUGUGCUAGCUUUUAAUUGGCCCAAAGCUACAGGUAGGGAGUUGUAAAUAGGACAUUUAUGACACAUUAUUUUGAAGACUCCCGAACUUUGGCUUGCGGACCCCACCCAGUUUGAGAACCACUGUAUUCGCCUAAUAAAUUGUACGAGUUUCUUGUUACCUUUUUAUUUAUUACUGCACAUGCAGAGCAAUGCCUUAAGCCUGCUGAUUGCUGAUCCACAAAGCAUUUCAACCAAUACACACUGGAAAUAUUUAAAACACAA